UGGACCAGCUGGAUUCUGACCGGUCGAGAGCAGCUCCAGUUGAACCUGUGCACAUUGGCCCUAUUUUGGAGGACCAGUAUGUAGGGGAAGGAAUCAUAGAAGCUUCACCCCUGCCACCACACACCAGUUACAGGGACGCUGAAACCAUCACAGAUGUGUGUAACAGCACCGAGCUUCCUGAGGUGGAGAUCAUCAGCCUUUUGGAGGAAGAACUCCCCAUAUACAGGCUGAGGGCCGACUGUGUGUAUGGCUAUGACCAUGACGAUUGGCUGCACACACCUGUCAUCUCUCCGGACACGCGCAUCGACCUGACCUCUGAGCAGAUCGAGGAGACCCUCAACUACUUCUUGCUAUGUGCAGAGCGAGUAGGCCAGAUGACUAAGACCUACAAUGACAUCGACGCUGUCACCAGACUUCUGGAGGAGAAAGAGCGGGACCUGGAGCUGGCGGCCCGGAUUGGCCAGUCCCUCCUGAAGAAGAAUCGCGCCCUGUCCGAGCAGAACCAAUACCUGGAGGAGCAAGUUGUCAACAUCAGAGAAGAGGUUACUCAGUUGCAUCAUGAGCUCAACCUGAAGGAUGAGCUUCUGCAGAUCUACACCAACGCAGCAGAAGAGAGUGAGGAGGAAGCAUCUCCCACGGGUCAGCACAGCAGGGUGGCAGUGGCAGUGGCAGUGGUGAGUGGGUCGUCCCUCAACGUCCUGCAGCGGAAACUCAGAGACCUGGAGGAGGAGAACCUCUCUCUCAGAUCAGAGGCGAGCCAUCUGAGGUCAGAGACGGAGACAUAUGAGGAGAAAGAACAGCAGCUUGUUAACGAUUGUGUGAAGGAACUCAAGCAGUCCAGUCUCCAGAUCUCAUCCAUAGCAGAGGAGUUGGCCAGAAAAACCGAGGAUGCCUCUCGACAGCAGGAAGAGAUCACACAUUUGCUCUCACAGAUAGUGGACCUACAGAAAAAGGCCAAAACUUGCGCACUGGAGAAUGAAGAGCUCUCACAGCAUCUCAUAGCAGCUAAAGAUGCCCAGAGACAGCUCACAGCCGAGCUCCAGGAUUUGGAAGAGAAGUAUUUGGAGUGUAUCGAGAUGCUGCAUGAAGCUCAGGAAGAGCUGAAGAACCUGAGGAACAGGAGUGUGUCUGCUGGAACACCACGACGCUACCAUCCCCUUGGACUGUUUCCAAUGGACUCGCUGGCAGCUGAAAUUGAGGGAUCCAUGAGGAAGGAGCUGAGUCAGGAUUUCCCUGAACUGGAGGAGCAGAAGGUCCGUCAUAAGCGUGUGUUUGAGACCGUCAAAAACAUUAACCAAUCAGUCAGACAACGCACGCCAGCUCCACCUCCUGCUAAUAUUCCAGGGUCCAAUCAGAUGCUCUCCUCUUUAAGCCCUGCCCCCUCUGACAAUAGUGGCAACAACAUAACUACCCUUGACAACCGUGCUCAGAGCAUACUCCUAGAGGCGGAGUCAGCAGACAACAGUUCGGACGGCCCAGAGAAGCGUUCCUGCUCGGAGGACCUGAAGCUGGCGCUCCGGCGACUGUCGCUGCGGAGACAGAACUGUUUGAGCGAGCGGCGUUUCUUCGAGGAGGAGCGUGAGAGGCGGCAGCGCGAUCCCCCAGGGCUCCGGGAUGGGGGGCGCUACACCCAUGCCCUUGUGCCCACCGACAGCAUCAUGUCCUUGGGCUCGUGGCCCAGCCGCCCCUACCUGCCCGACAAGCUCCAGAUCGUCAAGCCACUGGAAGGUUCUGCUACUCUGCUGCACUGGCAGCAGUUAGCCCAGCCUAACCUGGGGGGUAUUCUGGACGCACGGCCUGGUGUGGUCCCUAAGGGCUUCCGUCCGCUGGAGCUGGAGCUGGAGGAAGUGUACCACUACGCCGAAUACGAAGAGGACGAACCGGGAGAGCAAUACUUUCAGAAUCUCCCUAACACCUCCACGCCCAAUCGCAGUGUGCCUCCCAACCUCAGCCACGCCUCCUCAGCUUCUCCCUCCCCCUGCCUCAGCACAGGCCACGCCUCCAUGGAAUUCGCAGCGUUUUAUCCGGGUAAGUGCAUGGCUCACACAAGCUCCACCUACACUUUUACUACCUGUAAGAUUCUCCACCCAUCUGACGAGCUGACCAGAGUGACUCCAAGUCUAAAUCCCACCCCCAUGUCCUCCUGUGUGAUGUCACCCAGUCGUCUCUCCACCCCUGUGGCCACGCCCUGCACCCCGCGCCGCCUGAGCCUUUCCCAGUCCCAGUCCUUCACAAACCUGCGGGACUCCACCAAGACCUUCAGCACCUCACUGGGGUUAGUGCGCCUUCUGCAGGAGCGGGGUAUUUCCGCCGCCGUCUACCAGCCGCAGAGCUGGGACAGGGGCAGUGGUGGCGUCCUCUUCUCUACCUCUGUCCUCCCUUGCCCCCCUCCGGACCCCCGUAAGCCAACCACCCCUCCCAGCUCCCCCAGUCUCUGCAGCCAGAGCCCGGGGGGCACCGCGGUGGAUGAGGAUGCCGCCUUCUCUUUCAAAAGCCCCUCCUACGAGAACUUCCUAGCCUCUAAGCCAGCACGGUCCAUUCUCAAGGAGGUGGCAGGGGUGUCUGGGGCCCAGGCGAAAGACUGCGAAAGCCAGACGGAUGUGAGUGUGUCCCACCUGAACCUGGUGGAUAAGCUAAAGAGGUUGGGAUUGGCCAGUCCGGGAGCAUCUGGAACAAGUGCGGGAGGGAUCAGAAGGCCAAGCCCAAUUCUGGGUCCUCUUGGUGGACUGCGGAGCGCAACGUCUCCCUUCACUCCUCUGAAUGAAGGCCUAAGGCGCAAUCGAAGCUACCCAGCUGUGGUGGGAGCCAGCAUGGCAAUGAAGGGCCCCGGGCCCCAAGAAGACGAGCUGCUUCUAGCGCCAAAGCUGCCCAAGCAGACCAGCCUCAAAUAACAUACUGUCACCACACACACACACACACACACACACACACACUACUGUAAUGUAUAUUAUUUGAAAUCACUCAAAUACAAAAAUCAAGCUCAUGACAAUUUAUUAUAUGCACUGAAGCACUUAUGUAUUAUUUACACAAAGAAAACUGCUUCAUGUGUUAAUUUGGUCCCUUGUUCAUUUCCUGUCUGCUUCUCUGUACAUAGACCUACAUUCCACCAUCGAGCAGCCUGGUACCAUUCUGUGUAAAAUAUCUCGGUAAAAGUUCUUCUGGGAAGCCCAAAACACUUCUUCCACCCAGACCUUAUCAGCAUAACCCUUAGCGAUACCAACAUUAAUCCAUACAAAAAUCAGUCUUCAUUAUUAUGGUCAUACUAUUAAUUAAAAACACCCUGCUUUAUAUUGUGUAUCUCACAGUACACCAAUGUAACUACACUAAGCCUGAUGGCUGGUCUACCUGGCACUUGUACUGGUGAUUAGCUCAGCUACGCCAAGGGUUCUGCUGCACUGUAAAACUACUGCUAUGAACAUUCCCCAUUUAGCACUUUGGUUGUCAUUGUCUGUGUCUCCAGCGCUUUGGUUGUCAUCUUCCAUAUUUUUAGUGGAGUAAAAGUAGGUCACAGGUAAGUUCAGCUUGUAGUUGCUGACAAUAACUAUACCAAUUCUACACCACCAUGACUGGACAUCUGGAAAGCUUCUCUAGAGAGUAGGACUCCAGUUUAAAUCAUGCUAAUGUGCCUAACAAUGAACAGGAACUCACAGCACCAGUUAACAUAAAGGUGUGUGUGAUGUUAACUGGUGACUGGUUUAAGACGAGUAACUUUUGCAUUUUUGCCUCAGCUAUGCCAUUAAAAGCUGGGUGUUCUGACUGUGUUUGUCCUACUUAUUGAGCCAACACCUGACCACUCUUGGGUUUAAAGUGUUUCUCGUUAGCAUUUCACAUUCAUUGGUGUGUCUUUGUUUAAAGAUUUCUUCUAUUUGUAAUGUUGAUUUAAAUAAUUUUCAGAUAUAAUUGCCAAUGUUUAUUUUUUCCUUUCUGUAUUUCAGAAGUGUGUUUGGCAAUCUGAGUUGCCAAAAAUUGUUUUUUGUUCAUCAUCUGUGGCUUCUCGUUGUGGAGCCCAUUCAGUACAGCUGGGUAGGCUAAACCUGCUAUGCUUCAAAAAUACAUCUGAUCUGUUCACUGUGGUGGGCUGCCUCAGCAAUGCAGGAUCACUGAUAAAGAAGGCCAAAGCUCACUUGCCCUGGAGCUGCAUUACAUUUUGUAUUGCUCAUCUAGAAGCCUGUUGGACAGUAAAUGUUAAGACAUGUAGUUCUUUUCUAAUCCGUAUGCACAGUACAUAAAACCCCCUCCCCUAUUUGUCACUCAGAAACUGCUCGUACAAUGAGAUUGAGGUGCUUUUUCAUGACCACGGCGACUAUUCAACAUUCAAAUAAACAUGCAGUCAUACUUUGUCACAAUAUGAGAAAUUUCACUCUUAAGCUUUUCAUUAAUCUAUUCAUUAAAUUUCUGAAGGAUAAAUGGGCCAGUAGAAAAAUGGGCUUAAUAACGAUAGUACAGAAGUAAAACUUAUUCACAUGGUAGGUAAAAUGUAGAGAGUAAAUAAACAUGUCACGCCGGUAACCAGCGUUAUGGUGAUGGGUGGAUUAAUGGCUUAACCUUGUAUGUUGUAUGUUAGUUCUAAUGUAAUAGCGCUGGAUUUAUUUGAGAAAAUGGGCGCUUUGAUUCGUGUUGUUAAUUUCCACGUUAAUGUUUUCACCAGUCUCAUCUGAAGUGUAGGGAAAAGGUUGAGUACUUUAUUGAUUGGUAGGCCCAAUUAUGCUUAUUUACUCAAUAAUUAAUUUUAUUGUCAAAAAAUUAUUUGUCUUUGUCAAAAGGUCUAUUUGCAAGUGUGGUGAACGUAAUUCUUACAUUUGAACAAUGAUUAUUCUUUUGUGUUUUUUAUACUGUGUUAUUAAAUAAGACUAAAUUGGACAUGGGUACCUGUAGUAGUACGCAAUAACACUUACUGUAAACGUCUGACAAACGUUAGCAAUAAAGCCAAAAACAAACAUGCUAAAACCA